UUAGAACAAAUUUCUAAGAUGGUGGUGCCAAUUGUAGGAGAGCAUGAGACUGAAAUUCUACAUGCUCAAACUCACAUAUGGAACCACAUUUUCAGUUUCAUAAACUCUAUGUCACUCAAAUCAGCCAUUCAAUUAAACAUCCCAGAUAUAAUCCACAAACAUGGCAAACCAAUGACUCUUGAUCAAUUAGCCAAUGCCCUUUCAAUCAACAAAGCCAAAACCACUCACCUACGACGUUUAAUGCGAAUAUUAAUCCAUUCUGGAUUCUUCGUCAAGUCCAGAAUCCAAGAAAACGAAGGGGAAAGCGAGCGCAUAGGCGAAGGCUAUGCCCUCGCACCCCCUUCUCGUCUUUUAUUAAAAGACGAGCCGUUAAGUGUGACACCUUUUUUACUAGCCAUGUUAGAUCCAAUUUUAGUGAAACCUUGGCAUCAUGUUAGUGAAUGGUUUGAGAAUGAUCAUCCUACACCAUUUGACACUGCUCAUGGUAGAACAUUUUGGGAUUAUGCUGGACAUGAACCUAGGCUUAAUCAUUUUUUUAAUGAUGCUAUGGCUAGUGAUGCAAAGUUGGUAAUGAAUGUGGUUAUAAAAUAUUCUAAGGAUGUUUUUGAAGGGUUAAAUUCUAUUGUAGAUGUAGGUGGUGGAACUGGAACUGUAGCUAAAUCUAUUGCUAAUGCUUUCCCUGAUUUACAAUGUACUGUCUUUGAUCUUCCUCAUGUGGUUGAAGGGCUUGAGGGGAAUAAGAAUUUGAAUUAUGUUGGAGGAGACUUCUUUGUGUCCAUUCCCCCUGCUGAUGCUCUUCUUCUCAAGUGGAUAUUGCACGAUUGGAGCGAUGAAGAAAGUGUGAAAAUAUUGAAGAAAUGCAAAGAAGCAAUACCAAGCAGAGAAAAAGGUGGAAAAGUGAUAAUUAUUGAUAUCAUGGUUGAUAAUAAGAUAGGAGAUGAUGAAUCAAUUGAAACUCAAAUUUUCUUUGAUAUGUUAAUGAUGGUUUUAGUCACUGGAAGAGAAAGAUCCGAAAAAGGUUGGGCAAAGCUUUUUUCAGAUGCUGGCUUUAGUGAUUAUAAAGUUACUCCUAUUCUUGGAUUAAGAUCUUUAAUUGAGGUUUAUCCUUAAUUAAUUUCAACUUCCAAAAAAGA